AUGUUUGGCAGCGAUCUCGUGUUAAAUGAUCAGGAGCAGGAGGCUAAUAAAAUUUUGAUGGAGGCCAAACACCGCGAGAUCGAUGCAGCCCUGACAGGUUUAUCCAAGUUUUUGCCAUCGGAAAACUUUAUCCAAGUUGUCGAAAAAAUUGAAAAAUCCUACGUCUUUAAAGUCAUUCAAAAAAUGCCAAAGGGUGCGAUCCUCCACGUUCACAGCAAAGCCAUGCCAACAGUAGACUACAUCUUACGUACCGUCACGCACCAUCCACAUCUUUAUGUUUGCGAAGAGAACGAUAAUAUACAACUUCAGUUUUUCUCUACGCCCGACGAACACUGCAAAUGGAAAAUUCUCAGCGAUGUCCGUCAAGUUGAUGAAAACAUCGAUGAUAGAAUAAAGAGACAACUUACAACAAGAAAUGAUAAUCUUAAAUCGGCUAAUUUAACGAAAAAUACCAUAUGGGACAAGUUUGAGUCGAUUUUUACUUUUUUAACUCCUUUAUUGAACUACAGGCCAGUUUACGAGGAUGUUUUAUAUCAAGGACUCUUGGAUAAUUACAAUGACAAUAUCCUGUAUCUGGAGCUACGGACGUCUCUGUCUCCGUUGUAUGAUAUUAAUGGUACAACUUAUAAUCAAACGGAAGUUGCAAGAAUCAGUAAAAAUGUUGUCGAAAGGUUCCAGGAUAAAUAUUCAGACUUUGUAGGAGCAAAACUCAUCAUAGCUCCGUGGCGUGGAUGCAGUGAUAAAAAAUUCGAGGACCAUUUGAGAGCAGCUGAGGAGCUGAAAAGAGAACUCCCGGACUUCAUAGCCGGAUUCGAUCUCGUCGGUCAGGAGGACAAAGGCAAACCCCUUGUGGAGUUUGCCGAGGGGCUGCGCUCGAUCGGCAACGAUGUCCAGCUGUUCUUCCACUCCGGCAAGACCAACUGGUACGGGACGAGUGUGGAUGAAAAUCUCGUCGACGCUGUUUUGCUCAACACCAAAAGGAUCGGCCACGGGUUUGCGCUGCUAAAGCACCCGAAGGUCAUGGAAAUGGUGCGCGACAAGAGCAUAGCGAUCGAGGUGUCGCCGAUUUCCAAUCAAGUCCUGGGUCUGGUCAAGGACCUCCGCAACCAUCCGGCAGCUGCACUUUUUGCCAACAAUUACCCGGUCGUGGUGUCAAAUGACGAUCCUCUUAUGUGGGGAGCUAAAGGUCUCAGUUACGAUUUCUACGAAGCCUUUGUCGGGAUAAUGUCUCGAAGUGCUGAUCUCAGGGCUUUGAAGAAACUCGCGCUCAAUUCGAUCGAGUACUCGAGUAUGAAUGUAGUGCAGAAGAAAAAAGCCAAAGAGAUUUGGGAUAGACGCUGGGAAAAUUUUAUUGAUGAUUUGAGGAGUUUUAAUGAACAGCCUAUAAGUCAGAAAUCUAUGGCAUUAAACUAA